ACAAGGAGGCCAUCCCUCGUUCAGAUCCGGAUGAACCUGCCAGGCUGCCACAUAGGCAGAAUAUCUGGACAAACAACAAAGAGGCAACCACCUUGUCAUGCUAUCUGCGACACUGCAAACACCUCUUGAAGGAAUAGGUGGAGCUGGAUUGUCAAUAUAGGGCGAAUUCGAUAUUUAGGCUACUUCCUUAUUCGCCUGUGUGUGGAUGCAGUCGAUCGAUGGACAAGGAUUUUCUAUUUUGAAGGUAGACUCAUAAUUUGUUUCGAGUUAAUUUACUCACUAAUCGAUAAGAUUAGAUUGCUUCUAUUUGUAAAUAAACUAUACGACGAUUUACAGACAGUGCCAUAAGCAUGCACCUUAAGUUGAUGAUAGCCAACUUUUCAUUUUUAUAACUUUGUUCCAGCAUUGUUGUUGCAUCAUGUGAUUUAUUUUCUAAAUAAUAAAAGCAUGAAGAUCUGCGAAUAUCCCACAUUUUCGUCGUGGGUCUUUUAAAAGAAUAAGUCCCGGAAGUUGUCAUAUAAUUAGAGGAUGGCGCUUGGUUGUGCGUAUCCGAUAAGUCGAAGGAGAUGUUGUUACGUUGUCAUGUAGGCUAAUGUUACUGUUUUUAUGACUUACAUUUGAUCUCUUUCUCUCAACCAUGAACAGGAUUGUGCUGAAACGCUCGAAAAUUCUCAGAAUGGCAUUCGCUGACUCGAAUACGAUGGGAGGUAGCGAAGAGACAUUUUUAUUUAGGGCUAUAAAAAUUGCCGCCGUGGUAGCACUUUAUUGGUUCAUUUCAAUUACUAUGGUUUUUCUUAAUAAUUAUCUUCUCGACAGUAACGAAUUGGAUGCACCUUUGUUUGUAACAUUUUAUCAGUGUUUUGUCACAGUGGGGCUCUGUUGGGUCAUGCAAUUUUUUUCCAAAUUGUGUCCUGGAUUGAUCGACUUCCCUUCAGUCAAAUUUGACUUGAAGAUUUCCAGGGAGGUUCUACCAUUGUCUGUUGUCUUUAUUUCAAUGAUAACAUUUAACAAUCUGUGCCUCAAAUACGUCGGAGUAGCUUUCUACACCAUUGGACGUUCUCUAUCUACUGUGUUCAAUGUACUUCUGUCCUACGUUAUCUUGAAGCAGACCACGUCUUUCAAAGCCAUUCUGUGCUGUGGAAUCAUUCUAGGUGGUUUCUGGCUUGGUGUGGACCAAGAAGGUGCAGCAGGUUCUCUCUCAUGGUUGGGUGUCUUUUUUGGAGUUUUAGCCAGUGCCUGUGUCUCACUUAAUGCCAUAUACACCAAGAAGGUGAUGCCUGCUGUGGAUGGGAACAUCUGGAAGCUGUCUUACUACAACAAUAUCAAUGCUUGUAUCCUCUUUCUUCCGCUAAUCCUCAUUUUUGGAGAGUUUCAACAAAUUACAAGAUUCAGCGGCCUUGGCGACCUAAAGUUCUGGGGCAUGAUGACAGUUGGGGGUGUGUUUGGGUUUGCUAUUGGCUAUGUCACUGGUCUACAGAUCAAGUUCACCAGCCCACUCACACACAAUGUGUCAGGGACCGCCAAAGCCUGUGUACAGACAGUCCUAGCGGUGGUCUAUAACUCAUCCACAAAGAGUAUGUUGUGGUGGACUAGUAAUAUGAUGGUUCUUGGAGGUUCCUCUUCUUACACGUGGGUCAAAAGCAUGGAAAUGAAGAAGGUUGAAGUUCCUUUGGACUCUACUAAAGAGAAACUGUUGGAGGGGGAAAAACCUGAUCCUGGGGUGUAGUUGCGGGACAGAACCUCUGGGACUACAAUGAAUAAAUAAUGUAUUAAAGUGGUACGGUUUUUAGGAUGUCUCUUUAGUAAUCACAAUGUUCAAGUGCUUUUUUUAAAUUCCUGCACACAAAUGGGAAUUUUGGAAAGCCAUGGUGUUCCAUUGUUAUGACACUUUUAUAUCUUUCUUUGGUUUAUAUGGCUUGGGACCUCUAUGGCUUUGGACCUCUAUGGCUUGGGACCAAGAUUUAUUCCAAUUAGUUUGGUCAAAACAUUCUAUUGUCAUAGAAGUAUUUAGAAAAUUCUGUUGUCAUAUCAUAAUUCACUGUCAACUGUGAACACAUCAGGUAAAAUAGAAAAAAGGAGCUAGACUGUGGAACAUAAUUUAUUUUGAGUCAUAGUUGGAAGGAACAAUAUUCUGAAACUGCAACUAAGAAUAUGAAUGUACAUGACUUUGGUUUCAACCAUAAUUGCUUUAAUUUCAAUAAUCUUGUCAAAUGUUACUGGAAUGCAAGACAGUGCUACAUUGUGUCAAAUACACUGGGGAAAUUACAAAUGGUAUGUAUUUCAAGAUUUUUGUCAUUUUAUGAUCGUUUGGGGUAAUCAAACUGCUCACGUACCAGUUGUAUAACGUAGAUGGUUAUCUCCUAUAUCUGGAUUUUAUACACAAUUGCAAUUAAGUGCAAGCAGACUUCAUGACGAUUGAAAGCCGUAUUUGUGGAGAAGAGACAUUUUACCAGAUAAGUGCCUGUUCUUUUUGCACUCUGCUUUAAAAAAGCUUUUUUUUCUUUCUUACUAGUCUACACACAGCGCCUUACUGACAAAAUAAAACUGAUGUUUUAAAGAUGUUUGCACAAGAAGGUAUACCACUGAGUACAGUAACAGUCAUGUUUGGCUACAUAUGUUUUGUUCAAGUGUGACCCAUCAGCAUCACACAACUCCUGGUAUUAUCUUAAAAUCUGUCAUUCUCCCAGACUGACACACAAAUACUUCAACGUGUCUGUAUAAUAAUUUAGUUGAUUAGAAAGUAUUCCUUACUGUGUUUGAGUAAUUAAGAGGUGAAAUCCGAGUUGCAAAAUGUUUUUUUUAACGUUUUUUUACUUUGUCUAUAAAGGUUUCUAUGUGUUGAUGGGCAAUACAUAUCCAAUAGUCCAUUUUUAUUCAGGCUAUAAAGUUACUUUUUUAGAGUGUAGAUUUUCUAUAGGCACUGUAUGUAUGAUGUGGUUUUGAAAUAGGUGUAUAAAUAACUGAAGGACAUAACAGAAGAUGAAUCCUAUAUAAAUUACAUAGAAGAAUAGCGAUAUAGAAAGAGGGGCAAGGCGAGGAUUCAACGAUGUCUAAAUUAAAUGUUGGCAUAUUUGAGUUAUAAUAGAUACAUGUUUCAUCUUUUGAACUCUAUCAUUAUUUUUAUAUUUAAUGUGAGUUUAUUUAACAUUUUAUAACGGAGCCAAUUAGGAAAUUACAAUCAUGUUUUAACAAAACCAAACAUCCAACAUACCUCAAGUAAUACAUCACAACAUAAAACAUUUUAAUCAAUA